UCCAUCCAUCGGGUGAAUUUUGGAUUCUGGGUUCCGGACGGAUCUCUUGUUGCAUGGUGGUUCGGGCUCCCGAAGAGGGUCAACAAAUGCAGAAAGGGGAGAAAAGUUUCGGUAUACAAAUGCUCUCCGUCCAGCCGGACACCAAGCCAAAGGGCUGUGCCGGCUGCAACCGGAAGAUUAAGGACCGCUAUCUGCUCAAGGCCCUGGAUAAAUACUGGCACGAGGACUGUCUCAAGUGUGCCUGCUGUGACUGCAGGCUGGGAGAGGUGGGCUCCACGCUCUAUACCAAAGCCAACCUCAUUCUCUGUCGGAGAGAUUACCUACGGUUGUUUGGUGUAACAGGGAACUGUGCGGCUUGCAGUAAGCUGAUCCCAGCCUUUGAGAUGGUGAUGAGAGCUAAAGAGAACGUCUAUCACCUGGACUGCUUCGCCUGUCAGCUCUGCAAUCAGAGGUGA